AUGAAGGACGAAGCCAUAAUUUCCAACUUGCAUCUUAAGUUUGCCGAGAAGACUUGGAAUGAAACAUUUCAGCUUGUCCGAAGAUGCAUGGAGAAAUCCAGAGACGAAUCCAAACAUUGUGAGACGCUUGUUAGAUCUCUGGAAAGACUCCAGAAAGAGCUUCGUGCUCCCUCUAUGAACACCACAAUGUCCCGUUUGGAAAUGAUAGCCAAGCAACAAGGGAUGGGCUUUCACACUACUGAGGCCACAUGUUACCUGACAGAUGACUUAUUUUAUUUGGAAAUCAUGUUGCUUCCGGAUGGGGACGUGCACGAGGUAAAGGUGGCCCCCCAUGGAAAACCCCCUUCUCCCAGUGAGUCCCUUCUGCAUCUGCUGAGGUCCCAGAAUCUUGCUGAUUUCUCUGAAAGGUUGGGAGGCCUGCUCGCCCAUUACCACAUCCCCGGAGACAAUGAAAACAAAUUAAAAUUGCUGACGUCCCUACAGUGUCUCGAGAAAGAUUUGCAGCAAAUAUCCAACAUGCAAAGGGAACCUAAGGAUUGUGACCCUCAAAUAGACCUGAUUAAUAAUGGCAGAGUUGGUUUUCUAAUGGCAGGAAAAGAAGUUGCAGACUGUCCUCUGACGCUUCAGUUUUAUAUCUCUCCUGAUCGUAUGGAAACAUCUGAUUUGAAACCAGCUGUCCAGGCGGCCCAGGUUACAGCUGGCGUCAGCGACGUGACUCACAAACUUCAGAUGGCGUCUGUCCUCCCGCAGCUGCCCGAGCUGGACCCUCAUGGUGGUUUUGUGUUUGUUCCACUGAGCGAGGUGCCAUAUGAGAUGCUGCCUGCCUGUUUCCUGCUCAGACUGCAGCCACCGGUACCCAUGAUGUCAUCUUUUGUUGAAAGGCUCAGUCACAUUACAGAUGUGGCUGUACCAGAGUCUGACCUGCAGUGGGCACCAUUGCCCAAGCUUCUUCUAAAAGCUUUCCUGAGAGCUGACCCCUGUUGGAAGACGAUAUUUGAAGAGGAGAUCUUUACAGUGUCCCUUCCUGGCAGUGUGGUGCACAGUUAUGUGCUCCCUGGAGCAGCAUGGGAUGUACCCACGCAGAGAGCAACUAUUGUGGAUAGCGUUCCCUUCACCCACCCCGCUCACGUUCCAGCCCUGCUGGAGCUGCUGCGCCACCAGUGUGCUAUCAACACCCUGUUGAGGAGCUGUUUCUCUGCUCGGAGUUUGACUCGUGACUGGCAUUUUGAAGUCAUCCCAGAAUCUGCAACAAGCUUUUCUGUGACCUUCUUCCAGCCACAUGCUGACUCGCUUGCUGUUUUGCUGGUGGAUGUGUCUGAUCCUCAUCAGAUUACCUGCAAGUUGUUUGGAUCAGGGAUAAAUGAUUCCUCGUUGGAUGAAUAUGUCUCUACAGUUAUGAGGAGUUGCAUGUCCAUUCCUGUGACCAUGAGGGCAUUAUACAGCAGGCUGGAGAAAAUGAUACCCAGUCCAGUUCCUUCCAGACAUCUGGCCACAACGCAAGUUGAAAAUGACCACUUGACUUCUCAGAUGGACACCAAUGAAGAAUCUACAGUUAUUCAAAGUGCAGCUGUGCCAGAAAAUGGUGCCGUUUCUGCGUCAGCUUGUGGUGCCAUAUCUGGGCUUCCAUCUGAAAUGAGCACCAGCUCUCCUGUCAACCCUUAA